CGGCGCUGUGACAUUACACCAAACCGCCGGAAGUAAACGAUAGUUGCGGGAAAACUGAAGCGGAUGACGGUGAUGAAACCUGCGUGACUCCAAACUGUGAGAAAACAAGCCUUUUUAAAAUCACAAUGACAACCCCAAAGGCCAAAGAUGUUAAAAAGGGGAUUUCAGCCCUUUGGGAGACUCUGCAGUGUCCCAUAUGCUUGGAUUUAAUGACUACACCUGUAUCCACGAAGUGUGACCAUCAAUUUUGCAAAUUUUGUAUGAUGAAACUUUUGGACAACGCCAAACAAAACAGGGCAAACUGCCCAGUGUGUAAAGCCAAGAUAACCAAAAGGAGCUUACAGGAGAGCCCUGGGUUUCAGACACUUGUCGCAGGAUUGCAGGAUAUGAUACAGGCAUAUGAACGCGACACUGGGACAAACUACUUUACUGGAAUGUGCCAACAGAAAGGAGAAUCAGGAGUCACAGAUGCUGAAACUACAAAACAGCGUGAUGAUAUGUUAUCUGGAGAUACACCUGGCAGUGUCCAUGACCACAAGGAAAAUGGUAACAGUGAUGAUCUUCCAAAGUCUCACUCCUCAACCGUAGCAGCCCAGAAAGGAUUUGCAAGACUUAUGGGCCUUGAAGACACAAGUCCUUUGACGACAGAAAAUGAAGGCCUGGACAGUGGCCUUGGAGAAGCGCCGCCGACUUCUGAUAAAAAAAUGCACAGCCCUACACAUAAUUUGGAAUCAUUGGAAACAGAAAUUUCAGAAGUUGUGGAAAAGGCAACAUCAACAUUCAAAACUCGAGGCCAAAUGAGGUUUGCCAAAUUGGAGAAAGCCUCUCUUCAUCCACCUUUAGUUCUGGACGAGACCGAACACCAACCUUUAAGAAAGUCCUCAAGGAAGAAGCAGAAAAGGGAUCCGGAGCCUGACAAGAUUCUUGAUCAGAAACGGAAGAAAAGUUUAGAGAAAGUUGCUGAGUGGCUCAUGAAAGUUCCAACUGAAGAAAGUCUCGAGUUGGAGAAACCCAACGAAGACAGCGAUGACUCCGACAGCUGUUCUUCUACUUCAACAAUAGAUAUCAAGAAAAUCAAUAGUGAUGUGAAUCAAAGAAGGGAGGGUCAUGCUAAAGCUCUUGAAGAGCAGGUGUUCGGAGCCGUCUACAAAAGAGAUCGAAGAAGGACCAGGACUGUUUCUUCUCCGCCUAAUGUUUUUGUCAAACCACCGAAAACUAACAAAACGACACCAGAAACAGUUGAUGCUGCUGAUUUUGUCAUGAAAACUAGUUCUGAAGAUAAAAGUGAAAGCGAUAUGGAGGAAAAGCAACAAAUGAUCGAAGACAUACAGGACACCUGCAGUGACAUUUUUAAAGAAUCAAAACAGGCAAUGGAGGAAAAUGAUAUCAACAAAUAUGGAGAAGAGUUGAACAGUUUGCUAGAGAGUGAAAAAUACAAUAGCAAAGAUGAGGUUCCCUGUCCUGUGUCAGAGAUUUGCCAACAGCAACCAGAAAGGAAGUCAAAGAAAAGGAGGUGUAACACUCUGCAGCAGGUUGACAGUGAUUUACUAGAUCAAGCUAAGGCAAAGCCAGAAAGUGCAGAGCAAAAGAAAACUGACAAGAGGAAAGGUAGAAACAUAAGGUCGGAAAAGGGCAAGCCUGCUAGAGUGCCGAACCCCCUUGUUUUGGUUGGAGUUCAAAAUGGAGAAACCAGUCCUGAGACCAGACCAAGGUCAGAAGUUCAAGUUCAUAUUGAGCAUUACGCCAGCAGUGAGGACCAAGAAAUCCCUGUCACGAGGAGCACAAGGAGGAGUAAAAGACUUCAAGUCUUCGCGGAGGAAGUCAAGGAAGAGCCAAAAAAAGCAAACGUCAAAGGCAAGAUACCUGAGAAAGACAGCAAUGUUGCAAAGCAAUCUGAGGAUGCUAAAGGUGGAACGUCGGAUAAGAAAGGAAACAUGAAGAAGGUGGCUGAAAGAAACGGGUGUGUUUAUGACGAAGAUUUAGGUGGGAUAGAAGACAUGGAGUCUGAUGAGAGAGCGUCUUAUUUGAGACGAACAGAAGAUGCUGAAGAGUCUAUUGCUGAAGUGCCAAAUGCUGAAGCUUUGUCUGAAGCUACUGCUGCUUGUUAUGUCCCUGUGGUGCCAAACUCUACAAGUCCAGCUGAAGCAUCUGUGGUAGAUCCAACACUUGAAUGUCCAACAGUUCAAUUCCCAAACAGUGUUCAGUUGGAAACUGAGACUAAACGUGCUGGAAUAGAAAACGAGGAGGAUAAGAACGACAGUGAGGUGGACACAGAACAACUGCUCAGGAGCUUCAAAGCCACCAAAAGGAAAUCUUUCCAUCUCGGUGGUCCAAAUGUGAAAAGGAGCCGUAGUUCAGACCAAGAAAACGGUGAAGCCGAUAAGAACCAGUGUGUUCGACCCAGUGUUGAAUCUGCGAAAGAUCAGAUAAACACAAAGAUAUCCGAAAUCACCAACCAAGAGGCAUUCAGAGACAAUGAAGACUCAUCUUGUAGCAAUUUGAUCCCACCUUCUAACUCACCCGGCCUGAGAAGAAAAGCUGCGGAGAAACCAGAUCAAGUGGUGGUAGAAGCCUCCAACCCUGAUAGUUGUUCAGAUGAGGACAACUCUGUUGUCUCCAGGAAUAGCGCUAGUAGUCCCCUUCCUCCUAAUAAAGUGUCAACACGUGAAAUAGAAAGUCCUCCUCUUUCUGUUGUGCCUCAUGUAGUAAAUUCUGGGCUCUGCCUCACAGUCGCUGAGCCCGAGGAGUUAAAUGAACCCACAGAGAACCAGCUUGAUUGUUCCAUGAAGGAGGAGAUGAGAGAGAACAUCUCAGGGUGCAGUUCCAGUGGGAAACAUUCAGUCAGCGCAGCUGGACAUAUUUCAAACGCAGAGUCAUCUUUAACUCCUGAUGGAGUUAAAGAGGUUAUCCCUGACACAAAGUCAGGAGAGCUCAGCGUCCAUUCGUCCAUCCAGAGCAUGCCACAGAAGAGGAAGAGGACGAGGGCUCAGAGGCUCGAGUCGUCAUCCGAUUCGUCAGAUUGCACUGGAGAGGAAUUACCGCCUUUGACCGAGAUUUUCCGCACGUCAGCGCCUCCCUCUGCUGCGACCGAGGAUCAGGGACAUGCCGGUGAAACAAACAGAUGUGAAGGUGUCACAGCUGGUGGAGCAGAACGUGUGAGCCGCCCAUCUGCUUGCCCCAGCCCUGACUGUGUUCAUUCCAGCCAAGCAUCUGUGGACUUGUUUGGCACGCCAGAUGAAUGUGAAGUCCCAGUAAAUGACCCCACUGUGGAGUCAUCACAAUUUUCAAGCGAAGUCCUUGUUACACAGCAAAAGGUAGAAAUGCAGAAGGAGCUGUUGAGGUUGGAGAAGUUGAUGGCUCUGGUGACGGAGGUGCUUCAGGAGAAAGAAGACAGCCCCGCUAAAGAAGUCAUCUCAAAAACCAACCAGAGCAGCAAACUCACAGGCCCAGACGCUCACAGGCCCCUAGAGUGUGACGAGGACAUAAGCCAAGGUUCAGACCAGAAAAUUGUUCCAGAAGCAGAACGAGAGCCGUCUGAGGACAAAGUGGUCGCCCAGCACAGUGCGUCAAAGCACAGCAGCACUGCAGAGCCAGCAGCGCAGCACUCCACACACACGGCGCCGAGUGUAAAAACCACCGGAGCCUCCGUGACACUUAGUUCAACCUCAGCAGCCAAAACAUUAAAGAGCAACGGUUUGCGAUCAGAUGGGCAAGAAGACAAAGAAAAUGACACUCCUGUGAGAGAUCGAAGUAAAGCCAAGGUGGUGCUAGUGUCAUCUGGAUUAGGCCCCAGUGAACAGAUAAUGGUGAAAAAGUUUGCCAAGCAAGUCGGAGGCCGUGUGGUCUCCCAGGUAACAGCGGAGGUGACCCAUAUCAUAAUGCACACAGACGAACAACUGGUGUGCGAGCGUACGCUGAAGUACUUCCUCGGCAUCGCAGGCAGGAAGUGGGUGGUGAGCUUCCAGUGGAUCUCAGAGUGCUUCAGACAAAAGAAAGUCUUAGACGAGAGUCCUUUCGAAGUGAGAGGUGACGUGGUGAACGGGCCAAACCACCAGGGCCCCAUGAGAGCUCGUAACACCGAAGACAAUAACUUGCUCAUGAAGGGCUACAAGAUCUGCUUCCAAGGGCCUUUUACAGACAUGACUACAGAUCAAAUGGAGUGGAUGGUGGAGCUCUGCGGAGCAUCUGUAGUCAAAGACCCACUUCUCCUCAACGGUAAACAGAAGUCCCAUCAGCUGGUCAUCGUACAGCCUGGACCGGAGUCGUCGCCGUCCACAUAUAGCAGUCUCUCUAGACAGGCGACAGUCGUCACACGCGGUUGGCUGUUGGACACCGUGGCGACCUACACCAUCCAAAACUUGAUCAAGUUCACAACAUGAACCACGAGGACCCAGAUAUAUCACCUAUUUUACAGCUUCUUGUUUUUAAUGUCAAUGUUAAACACUGUAACUAAACUGUCAUUCAUCUGUUGUUAAUAAGUGUAAAGCUCUUUGUAUUGUAUGUGUGUGUGUGUGUGUGUGUGUGUGUGUGUGUGUGUGUGCAUGACAUGAUGUAUAUAAAGUUUAAUCAACA